GCCGUCAGUUCGCCGCCAGACUCUCCCGGAAAACCGUCGGUUUUUUCGCUCUCCCUCACUCUUACCUUGUAUCCGCAUUACAUAGCUACCUUGAUUUGAAAAAAAAAAGAACACCGUCGUCGCGUUGGUUUUUUCGUUGCAUAACGACCGCGCGGCGAUGGAUUCGAUUUUCCGGCAGAUGUCGGUCUCGCCACGAUUACUCCGCUGAGGAAGAUCUUACGCCGCCGCCAGCGUUUUGGGCGUGUGAUGCGAUGAUGAGCUGCAGCAGCCGCCGCCGUGCGAGAAAUGGCGAGGACAGCUCUGCGAGAUUCGAGGAAACCGCUGCGGAUCAGCUCUCGCCGCGAGGCUAUGGCAACGCUCGCUUUUUUACGUAAUUCGUGAGGUGCCGGACCCCCGCAGUGUCCCAUGCUUUUCUAUGGUGUUUCGCUAAUUGUAUACCUACUUGUAAUCAAAAAGUCAGCCGUCGCAACUCUCACCCUGAUGUGGGAUGUAUCUCGAAUUCUAACCUCCGUAUAGGAUACCGUAAUACACUUACUCUGUCGUUCAGCGAUCUGUUUAUUGUUGUAAAGACUGAUAAGAAUUAUGUCAGCAGAAAAUGCACAACCAUUGGAUAAAAAUACUUACAUGCACGAAGAGUAUACACUCCUACAAGACUUAGAGGAAUAUCAGGAGGAUAUUUUAGGUGGACUGUCAGUAUUGGUAAAUGAUAAUAACUUAGAUAAUACGCAGGUGCAGCAACUGGUACUUAACGAUGAACUACUUAAUACACUGACUGCCGUAACGUUGCCAGAUGGAACUCAGGCCUUUGUUGCUGAAAACCCCAGUCCCAAUGAAUUAGAGACGGAGGAGCCUGCCCUGAGGCUGGAAAAUGGUGCAAUAUUUUUACGAGACGCGUCAGAGCUUACCAAUGGACAAGUCAUACAGCUUCAAUUGGAUUCACUGGGAUCCGAAUGUCCAAAGAAUAGCACUGGCGAAUCGAGCGACGGAGAGAUUACAUACCCACAAUUGCAGGUCAUAGAUGGUGUGUUAUAUGUAGUAACUAAUCAAAUUGAAGAAUCCCAAGACUUGUGGGAAGUCUCGGAAGAAACGCCAAAGUUAGAUACAAUAUUUUCUACCAAUAAUCAAAAUGAAGAAGAGCAGCCUAAAAGUAAGCACGAGUGUCCUAGAGAAGAUUGCACCAAAGUAUACAGUACUGUUCGUCAUUUAAAGGUUCAUGAGCGUACCCACACUGGUCAACGGCCAUACUUGUGCACACACCCCAAGUGCAAAAAGAGUUUUUCUACUGGUUAUAGUCUAAAAGCUCAUUUGCGUACUCAUACUGGAGAAAAGCCAUAUAAAUGCACAACAGAAGAAUGUGAUAAAAGUUUUAAGACGUCAGGUGAUCUUUUGAAGCAUGUUAGGACUCAUACAGGUGAAAGACCUUUUGUUUGUCCCUUCGAAGGCUGUGGUAGAUCAUUUACUACAAGUAAUAUUAGAAAGGUACAUAUAAGGACACAUACAGGGGAACGGCCUUUUAAAUGCCCACAGCCGAAAUGUGGCAAGGCCUUUGCUAGCUCAACAAAUUACAAAAACCAUAUACGUAUUCAUUCUGGUGAAAAGCCGUAUGUUUGCUCGAUAAACAAUUGCGGUCGUCGAUUUACGGAGUACUCUAGUCUUUAUAAGCAUCAUAUAGUGCAUACGCAGGAGAAGCCUUUUGAAUGCGAAGUUUGCCACAGACAGUAUCGUCAACAAAGCACACUUCUGAUGCACAAGAAAACGGCCCAUUCUAUAAUUGAUACGGACAAUGAGAAUGACAACGACGAUCACGAUGAAGUGUUGGAUGUCCUAUUAGAAAAUUCAGUAGAUAUGAUUGAUCAAGCAAAUGAACUCACUUACGUCGAAACUGGUCAAGUCGAGGUCACAGAUUGCGUUCCAGAAGAUGAGACCCAAAUAUUGCUUGUCGAAGAUCCAAGUCAAUUAGUUACACUACAGGCCAUGGAAAGUCUUACCGAGGAGCCUGAAGAUAUUCCUAUUGAUAUAGCAUUAGAAGAAUUUAAUAUUAAAUAUGAAGAUGUUGCAUUCAGAUGGAAUUAAUGGAUGUUAACCUAGCCAAUUAACGAAUCUCAAGUCGAGCUUGGACAACAAGAAAAUGAUUAUAGAAUCUUUUAAUUCUAUAACCUUUUUUACAAGUUUUCUUGCAUAGCCAAAUGAAAGUAUUGAAGAUUUAAAUAUUUUAUUUAUAUUAGUUGAUAUACAUUGAUUAGUAUAAAUAUUUAAAUUCUAACCAUAUGUCAAUUCUUAAGUCUUCGAUAUGCGAUAAAUUUUUGUAUUUUAAAUUGAAUAUAUUUUGAAAUAUAUUAAUCAUGACUCUUAGGUAAUUGAAA